UUAACCACAGUGCAGACACUUUCGGUUCACAUUCGCUCGCGUCAAGAUGUACGGAAUGCCAACAAUAACAACCACGGCGGCGACAGCGGUUAUUGCCCAGGUGGCUAUCGAGGAGCGGGACACAACAUUGGAUCGCCAUGGAUUGCUGGUGGCUAAAGUUGUCGCCAUGGUUGUGUUAAUUGUGGUCACUGUGCUGUGCGGCAGUUUGCCUUAUAUGUUGGAUCGCUGCUUCAAGUGGACGCAACAGGAUCCCGAAGAGACGCGUGCCUCAACGGUGGUGCGAUGCCUCAUUUACUUUGGUGGAGGGGUUCUACUGUGCACCACAUUUCUGCACAUGCUGCCCGAGAUUAUCGAGGAUGUGGAGCAACUGCAGCACUGCGGUAUUCUGGCUUCAACUCCAUUUGCUCUCACCGAGAUGCUCAUGUGCACCGGCUUCUUUCUCAUGUAUGCACUAGACGAGCUGAUGCACUUGGUCAUGCUGCGUCAUCAGCGAAAACUUAGCCGCAAGGAGUCACUGGCCAGUGCCGCCUUUCAACGUGGUCACAGCCGCAGACACAGCAGCAAAGUGGAAACCCUAAAAAAUAAAGAGCCGGAGCAAGCAGCUCAUCAGCAUUGUGAUCUGGAGCGGCCAACAGAAGCAAAACAAGCGGCUCCAACUGGUCAUGGUCAUAGUCACGGCCAUGGCCAUGGUCACACUCACAUGCCCGUGGAGGACGGUGGCGCCUCCAUGCGCGGAUUGGGAAUAAUUUUGGCCUUGUCGCUGCACGAACUCUUUGAGGGCAUGGCCAUUGGCCUCGAGAAUACAGUGGGCACGGUGUGGUUCAUGUUUGGUGCCGUCGCUGCUCACAAGUUGGUGCUGGCCUUCUGUGUGGGCAUGGAACUAUUGGUGGCCCGCACUCGCACCUCUCUGGCCAUCAUCUAUCUCAUCACGUUCUCGAUUGUGACGCCCAUUGGCAUCGGCAUUGGAAUCGGGAUUAGCCAGCAGGCGAAUGCGGAUCAGCCGAGUGUUCCAUCGGGUAUACUGCAGGGCAUUGCCUGUGGCACGCUGCUCUAUGUGGUCUUCUUUGAGAUCCUCACACAAAAUCAUGCCGGCUGGCGUCCCUAUAUCGCUUGCCUGGCGGGCUUUGCGCUAAUGUUUGGACUCCAAAUACUUUCCGAUGAAGCGGAAGGUGCUGACAGCGACUCUUGCUCUUAGAGUCUUUGGGUGGAGAAGUUAAUCACCAUGUGUGUCAUAUAAUUAUUUAAUUUUAGUUAGAAUAAACCAUUCAUGUUAGAUUUCACAACGAAAAAACAAA